GCUCCGGCCAUGGCCCAUGGCAGCGCGGCGGUCAUGCUGAAGUGCGUGGUGGUGGGGGACGGCGCCGUGGGCAAGACGUGCCUGCUGAUGAGCUACGCCAACGACGCCUUCCCCGAGGAGUACGUGCCCACCGUCUUCGACCACUACGCAGUCAGCGUUACCGUCGGGGGCAAGCAGUACCUGCUGGGGCUGUACGACACCGCCGGCCAGGAAGACUAUGAUCGUCUGAGACCUUUAUCUUAUCCUAUGACCGAUGUCUUCCUUAUCUGCUUCUCAGUGGUAAACCCUGCUUCAUUUCAAAAUGUGAAGGAAGAGUGGGUACCGGAGUUGAAGGAAUAUGCACCUAAUGUUCCCUUUUUGCUAGUAGGAACACAGAUUGAUCUUCGUGAUGACCCAAAAACUCUGGCAAGACUGAAUGAUAUGAAAGAGAAGCCCGUAUCUGUGGAGCAAGGACAGAAGUUAGCGAAAGAGAUAGGAGCCUACUGCUAUGUGGAGUGUUCAGCUUUAACACAGAAAGGACUGAAGACCGUUUUUGAUGAAGCUAUUAUAGCCAUUCUAACUCCAAAGAAACACACAGUGAAGAAGAGAAUAGGCUCAAGAUGCAUAAACUGCUGUUUGAUCACGUGAGAUACAUUUGACAAUGGCCAGGCUUACUGUGAAAUUCUACUGAAUUUAAAUACAAUGCAUUAAGUACACAGCAAACUUGUUACAGGUUUGAAAGCUAAAACUAUGAUUCUGCCUUCUACAACCAGUGAAAUCCAGAGGAAUAAAGUCAAACUCAACGAACUUGUAAUAAGAAGCCACCACAUCUGUUACAAAUAUUUUAUUCAGACUGGAAGGUACAAUCUCUCAGGGUUACAUAGUCUAGAGGAAGCAAAAACUGCACCAUGCUGAAACAGCAUCUAUGUGAUUUUAUUGAGUGGAGAUGCUUGGCCUGAAAUACUCUAAAUGAAUUUGGAUAGUCUUCUGCUUUGACUAUACAUAUAUAUCUCUCUCUCUUAAAAAACCCCCAACUUUUGCACAGUCUGUAUGGAAUCUGCACAAAGAAAUACCUUGUCUCUCUCUGCUCCAGUUAUCUGCUUUUGUAUGUAAGCUGCUUCCGGUUCCAGUGUAUCCACAGAGGUGCAAUAAUCAGACCAGCCAUAUAGCCAAAGGUAGCUCCGAGGGAACAGGAAAUGGGCCAUACCUGAGGGGAGAACACAAGGUAAAAGCAGACAAUGAGGAAAAUGUUUGUGGUUUUUUGUACUUCGUGAGCACAAAUUCUCAGUGUAAUCUAGGUACUGAAAGACAGUACAGUCUUACUCUACUUUAAAGCUUGACGUGCUUUCCUAAAAAUGCCAAAAGUGUAACAAUCAUCUUCAUGAACACUAAAUGCUGUUGUACAGUUUUUAAUUAAUAUGCAUUAAAAUGUAACCAGGCUUCUGGCUAUUGCAGACUUUAGUUCGAUAUUCCCAAAACUAUGUGAAAAAACUUACAAGUAUUUAUAUCCCCUGAAGUGUUCAGCUAACCUAACUUCCUGUUCUGCUGCACACGUUUGGAAACCUACAGAUUUCUUGGCGAUUUCUCCUUCCAAUCUCUCAUGGCCUUCUGAAACUUUUAGAGGUGUAUAUAAAUGAACUAAUAUUCAAAUAAGGACAGAGACUGAGAUGGAUAGAGGGUUUUUCUUUCUUUUUUUUUGUCUUGAAAAGUAGGCAAAGGGAUGAAUUUCCCUCUGGCUAGCAGUAAGGAGGGAACAUAAAUUUGGAAACUGACUGAACAUCCUGCACCCAGUUCAGCAAACAUGUAGUAAGCCAGUUAUGUUAAAGAGAGCUUUAAUUAUAAGCUCUAUUUCCUAGUAUAAGAACAGGGAACUGACUCAAUACAACUGACUCACUUUCACAAACCAUCUAGUGCCAAGGCAAAGAAGUAAUGGGAUUCUCCCCCCGCCCCCCUUUUUUUUUUUUAAUUAGUAUUGAUUUGCAGGGAGGAGUGGCCAAAACAAAACUUAACCAGUCUGUCCUCAGAUGUAGCUUAUAUUACCAGUCAACUACAUACUGCAUUUGAUGAAAGUCUCAACUAAGUUGGUGAUUAAAAAUAUUUAUUGUAGAAUAAACUGAAUUCCCAUCCCUCUUCAAAAUUCUCCUUUGCAUAUUUUUUUUGCAAGGAUAAUUUUGCAUUUCCUGCUGUACAGUGCAUGUUCCUGAAGCAAGUACAGACUGCAGUCUCCUAUUUUUUUAAUUAAGGUGGAUACUUCCACCUUCUAUAGUACUUGAGACUGAGAAAUGCACUAGACAUUAAAUAUCCGCAUCUCAGUGUCCAGCCUUCUUUUCUACUUCAUUUUGACUUGCAAUUCAUGAAUAUCAAAUGAACUUACUCUUAAUGGUACUGGUUCCUCCUUUCAUUCAUUUUCCUAGCUCUGAUUCUUCUUUUUACUCCAUUAUCACUUGGAAAAAUGUAUUUAUUCACAUCCUUUGAUCAUGGGAAUUUUAACAAGGAAUAAGAGUAAUGUAUUUUGUCCUCUGCUGUUUCAUCUUCACAUUCCUUAGCAUUUGCAGUUUUAUAUAUUAUUUGGAGGUCUUAAGGAGUGUAGCAAAGAUGACUAUAAACAAGGUGCCUUAGGUACUCUUUAUUGACCUUGUUUCAUUCUUCCAUUUCCGGACAUUCUGUCUCUGCUACUUGUUUUUGUUGCUGAAUAUUUUGGCUGUUGCCUCUCAAACCAAAGACUUGCUUGUUUUCAUUCAUUUAACAGUGGUAUUGUAGAUCUGCUAUAAAAAGCCUUGAGAUGCUUUGGCAUGGUAAGAUAUUAUGUAUAUUUAAAACUCACAUGAGUUUGUGGCCUUGGCUAAACUUACACUUCAGGUGGAUCUUUUCAACUUUUAAAUGAAAUGUAACUAAGUUAUUUCUAGCAUUUUGCAUAUUACACAUGUCUAAAGGACAAAACAAUAAAAAAGUCUCUGCAACCCCAGCUGCUUACUCAGUAACGCUCAGUUGGAACAGGAGUCGUACUUUCUUAUCCACUGAUGAAGUCAAUACCACUCUAAUAUCCACAAAACUAUGGACAGAGGCUUCAUAACUCAGUGGUCUUUUUACAUCAGAUUCUCUGAGCGAUCAAUGAUCCUUCAUUAAAUUUUACCUACAUUAGGUGAAUUUGUAGUUGCCUAUUUGCUUUUCAGAAGUAUAGGUAGAUGUUGGACUCCAAAUUUUUCAUGUUCCCUUAACUAGAGAGUCAAUAUCCACGAUGACCCAUUGAUCCUGUAUCUUUCGGUAUUUUGUGUAUAGUGGGCGAUUGUUGGUAUGAUUAAAAGGAUCUCUGAUGAUUGUUGUAGCUUCUUUUACCUGACUGAACUGUAACUUGGAACAUGGUUUUUUAAUAGUUAUGUAACUUUUAAUAUUAAUUAUGCCUCUGUCUUCCAAAACAUUCAAUUUUUGCUUUGCUUUUUAAAAAUCAGUGUUACCUUACAGAAGAUUCAGGCUGUCUCACUGAACACAUGAGUCUCUGACCUCUGAAAUCCAACCCUCACCAAUGGCAGCUGGCAAAGAUAGAUAGGGGGCAGAGGGAAGAAACCAUAAAACACUCCAUCUCACUGUCUAUGAGACAGAAAAGAAGCACCACCUCAUCCCUUCUAGUGGCAUAGAACAGAAGGGUACUAGGCCAGGUACUCAUUAUGCUGGUCAGAUGGCCUAAAGGAGUUGUGAAGGCAGUUUGCUUGGCGUGUUGAAAACUCCCUAAGCACAGGAGUUAAAAGCCUGGACUUAAGAGCGUUGCUGUCAUGCUAUUUUCUCUAACCCUCAAGGCAGGGCAAAAAAUCCCUAACAAACAGGUAAUUAUACUAGUUCUGCACCUUUUAUUCUUGACUGCUGGCCUUUAGGCUACAUAUAGCCACAUGCACCCAUGGGUAUAUCUAAAGCAGCAAGUUAUCAAAGACACAUUAAGAUGUGGCUCUUAAGCACAUCAGCUACACUAAAGUAACACGGUUACUUUAGGGUAACAGGGUUGCUUUUUGUCCGUCUAUGAAAGUGGGUUGCUUUACUUUGCAUUAGCUGCUGGCCUUGUUUUUCUGAGACCAAAUCACUUGCCACUGGACCUUUUUAAAUGAAUUUGACUUGCUUGAUCAGUCUGCUUUUGCCCUGUCUUUCAUAUUAUCUCUUAAACUUGGUUUAGCUUCCCUGACUUGGUAUGAACUGCCUCUAAGUGAUAAAAAUCUAAGCAGCUAAUAUCCAUCUGCCUGUUCUAAGAGAUUCCAUUCCGCUUGUUUAAAGUAUGCAACUUGUAAUACACCCUUCUUAUCCCCUGAGAACUGUUCAGCUCAGUCUCUCCUACUUUAUGCUCCCUUCUGCUGUGAGGAAGCUGACAUAUCCUACCCUAGUAUUGAUGUCAUGUCUAGGCUGGGUCAGCAGCAGGGGAAUAAGAUGUUAGGCAACAUCGUCUAGCUGCACUUUUUUUGAGGGGGAAGAAGGUUGAUCUGGAGAGAAAAGUGUGGGGAGCGCAGGAGACAGGACAGAACAUUCUUCAGGAAACUGUCAUGAAAUGCCUUGUCUGUCCCAGCAGCUGGGAAGCAUCAGCUACCAUCCUCACAGCCUAAUACAAGAAGAGUCAGUUUACAUAUCAAAUGCAUGCGGAAAAGGACAAUUUUAACAACCUGUAUAUGAUUACUAGGAAUCUGAACAGCAGCUUGGCAAAAACAAAUCUCCACCUACAUGCUUAACAAGCACAACAAUUGCAUUUUAAGAGACAGAGCAUGAGCCAGUGGUUAAUGCAAAACGAUCCUGACUUCUGCUAUUUGUUUAAAUUUUCUUUUUGCCUUUUCUUUUAAUCUGGCAGCAGUGAUAGGAGUUAACAGAGAUUUUUUUAGGGUAGCUAAAUAGACACUGCAGAACUGCAAGGUUUCUAGUAUAUAUUAGAACUCAUUUUAAGAAUAAGGACUCAAAAUAGGAAUUGCCAACCUUUCAGGACACAAAUGAGCUAGUUUCCUCAGCGCUCUUUAGAACACCUAUGAACUGGUGUGAGAAUGCUUAGCAUAUUGCAUGGAAAGCAGAGCAUGUUGCAGAAUCCCAGCAAGUUAUCUAGCUCUGCUGUACUGUGCAUGUAGCUAGUUAAACCAGAAUUCUGACUGCAUGACAGUUUUGUCAUCUAUUACAGUCUGUAACUUGCAUCCCAUGCAAUGGGAAUUACAUAGACAUUGAUAAGGACAUAAAGGCCAGAUUCUUACAGGCCAGAGCAGCAACACCCUAAUAAAGUUUUUAAGCUGCUUUUAUAGUAAGCAGCUGACUGCUGGAACUUUAAUUAUACAAAUGCAAAUACAGUGGGGCAAUCUACCGUACUUACUUUUUUUUCUUAGUCAACUGGUCCUAUUCUUUAGAUGAGUGCUUUUCUCAUAUUCCUCAACUUUAUUUUUUUGUAUGCUUACUAUUUCAAAAGAUCCAUUUCUGACUGUCAAUUAGAAAGCUAUGUAAUAAUUUUUGUUUCAUUUUAAAACUGAAUAAAUGAGCACAAUUACUUUCCCUCUCUGUUUCCAACAUGCCUUAAAUUCCUGAUUGUUUAGUCUGUACUGUCUUAAAAAUUUCAGUACAUGCCUUUAAUCUAUUUUGGUUGCAUGUACAUGUUAACUAAAAGUGUCUUAUCACAUUGUACAGAAUGUGUGUGUUGACAAGCACAUGCCGAGGAGAAGAAAGCAUGAGGGUUUUUUUCAGGAUGGCAUUUGUAACUAGAAGUUGGUUUUGUGGAUUUGUGUUCUAAAGUUACAGCAAGCGUAACUGCCUUUGAUCUCACCAUUAAGGUUUACAUUAAGAAAACAUACCAUUAAAUAAACAAUGAUAACCACACUAAAGUGAAACAAGCUUCUACCUCUGUUUAAAAAAACUCAAACACUGGAUAUUAUCCUUUCUACUCACAUAAUGCAACUUCUUUUACAAGAAAACUUUCACGGUAGUAGAUCCAAAAGCAAAUACAAGAAGGAAAUUCUGAGCUGUGCUAAGAAUAACAAAGUAGCGUGAAAGUUUAUAGUCCUAUUUCAGCUUACUCAAGUAACCACCAAGAGCUGUACCCAAGAUUCUCCAGAUUAUUUUUCAGGUUACAAAUGUCUGAGAGGUAUCUAGGCUAGUAUUUACAGUCAUAUUGGCUAAAUUACAUGGCAGUCAAUCAACUCAUUUGAGUUAUAUCAGCACUACCUAUUAUGUUUGUGGUAUCCAGUAUAAAGUGGGAAUACAUCAAUUUCACUUUUACCUAAUGAUAUGAAAACACUGUAGGCAGAAUAUUGUUUCAAAGUCACUUUUUAUCAUUAGUAACAGGUACUACAGAUCAAAAUAAUUAUGCUACAAAAAACCCCAGAUGGAUGGGUGGGCAUGCACACAGUAAACCCAGGAACGUGUUUUAAAAGUCUGUUAUCAAAACAUGCAGCAAACCCAGGAACUUCACAAUUUCCAAAAUUCAGUUGUUAUCAGUGACAAAUGGGGUGUCUGGAAUACUAGUUCCACUGCAUAUAAAGUGUGCUGAUAAGGUUUUGGUCUUUAAUUAUACAGUCUUGUUCUGCAACUAAGUUACCUCAGGCUGAGCAGAGAAAGGAUGUAUCACAAUGUGUCUAAUAACACCUAAAUGAUCCCAUUCUGUUUCAGUGGUGGUGUGCUUUAAGGUGCCACUUCUCAGAUGACACAUGCAGUCAGGAUCCUAAUCACAUGUGGUUAUUAAGAGUACACCAUCAACUUGAAAUACGCAAUCUGAAAAAAACUGAGCAACUGUAACAAAGGAAGUUAUUUUCUAUUUCUUUGCUAGAACUGUCCUAACUAACUAUAGCACUUACAUACCCACUGUGCAUCAGAGGGCUAGAGGCAACUAGAGAUGGAUGUACAACUCUUUAAACUUUUGAACAUCGUCUAGAAUAACCUUAUUUAAAUGAUCAUAAUUAAGUGUUGCAAACUAUUUUAAAAAGUGUUUAAGAAUUAGAUAGUAAUCUCAAAACAUUGGCAAAAUUAUUCUACCAGUCUGAUACUUGUAAUAAACGGAAACAUGUCUUGCAGAGUAAGUCUUGAAAAGUUUGGGCUUUUUUUUCAGUUGUUUUUUUUUUUUUUAAAUACAGAAAUGUAACUACUGUAGGGACUAACUUGCAUUCCUGUAAGGCAACUAUCUUUACCUUUGUCUGACAGGCUUAAUUCUGCAGACCUAUAACCAGGAACAACCACAGAGUAGGCCUCCCUGACCAACUGUUUUGCAUAGUUACAAAAUAAAUUUUUCUGAAAACUAGCAGAGGGGCAACAGGCAUGGCCAAAUUAUGUUAAAAAGUUACUUUAAGAACAACAACAGAAUAAUGAAAAACAAUGAAUCAUCAGGAUACCAACUGACUGUCAGCAAUAUAUUUUAUACUUCUAACAGAAAUACUUUAUAUAUUUUUCAUUUCCAUUCUGAAACAUUAUUCAGAUAAUUAAUGUCAUUUUAUUUCCAAAACAAUAUUCUGUUCCUAUUAAGUAAUAUUUACUUAGCGUAAAACUUGUUGUAUGCUAAAAAAUGCAUUUUACAUUAUUAUUUUUAAACAUAGACAGGCCCACUAAUCUGAAUAUCCCCUGUAUGCAAUAUUUUUCAAACAUAACAUGGAAAAUAAAGUGAAGAUUUUCUGAGA